AUGAACUCAUCGUUCAUGAGCGUGCGGGACACAAGCCGCUUCAUCGAAAAGACGACGACAGGUCUGACCCCGCUGAUGCUCGCCGCCAGGGAUGAGAAUCUGGAAAACUGCCUCGCACUGCUCCUGAAAAUUGGAGAAAGUGCUGAGGCGAGGACAAAAUUCGGCGUGACGCUUCUUCACUUCGCGGCCUUAAACAAGGGAAACGGAAUCAAAAUCGUCUGGCAUCUCAUCAACCAGGAGAAACUAGAUUCGAAGCUAAAGGACGUGGAUGGCGAGGAAGCUAUUUUCUACGCAGUCAGGAAGGGAAACUUCAGGGUGGCGCAGAUCCUGCUCGAACUGCGAGAGGAGACAAGCAAAAAUCUCUUGCAUUUUUUUAUAAUUCAAAAUAGAUCUGACGUCGCUCAGAUAAUUCACGAGUGGAACCCGGAUUUAAUUAAGGAGGUCGAUUCAGAUAGGAGAAAUGCCCUCCACCUGGCAGCCCAGUACGCCGACCUAAGUGUUUGCAGGUGGCUCAUCGCCGAGGGCAUCGACGUUGCGUCAACGAGCUGUUUCGGGACGGCCUUGCACCGCGCGCCGUUAAAUAAAAACCACGGAAUAGAAUUAGUUCGGUUUUUCGUGUCAAAGAAGCUAAAUCUAAAUGAAAAAUCAGAGCUCGGAUUCGUGCCUUUGGAUGCAGCUCUUGCAGCGGAGAAUAUUGACAUUGCUCGCGAGUUGCUCAGACUCGGCGCCUCUUUGAACAUAAAAGACCACAAUUUUUUGCAUUAUUGCGUAUUUCUCAACAAGCUUAAAAGCGCCAAGUUCAUUCACGAAUUAGAUAAAAGGCUGGUCAGAGGCAAAGACGCGAACGAGCGAGAUGCACUUCACUUAGCGGCGGAGUUUGCUGAUCUAGAAAUGUGCCGGUGGCUCGUGGAAACCGGCGUCCCAGUCGAUUCUUUGAAUGGAGAACGUCAAACCUCAGUUUUGCAUCACGUCGGAUACAAUUCGAAGCACGGAACUCAGCUAGUGGGGUAUUUUUCCGACUUGGGACUUGACAUAAACAAGCAGGACAAAUAUUACUGCUUUCCUUUGAAUUACGCUUUGAGAAAGAAAAAUUUUGACGUGGCAGAGGAAAUGCUGAUAUAUGGAGCCGAUUUCUACGCGAUGAACGAUGGCGUGAACACUUUCCAUACCUGCAUAAUGGAAAACAAUUUAGAAGGCAUCCUAUUCGUGCUCUCAAAUGAGCCAGGGAUUAUAAAUUCUCUCGAGACGAAUGCCCUUCACAUCGCAGCGGCUUUCGCAGAUUUAAAAAUGUGCGAGUGGCUGUGCGGGAAGAACUUCGACGCGCUGGCCUUGAGUAAGGGGUGCAAAAAUACGGUUCUCCAUUUUGCCGCAAUGAACUUUAAGUUUGGAAAAUCGCUCGUCCCUUUUUUCGUUUCCAAGGGGGUGAAUGUGAAUAAGAAAAACAUUACCUCACACUCACCCUUUUACUUUGCUCUUAAAAUGGAAAACAUAGCCGUGGCUGAGGAAUUGUUGAAGGCCGGUGCAGACAUGGAUAUCAAACCUGAUCUCAAGGACAAUGUCCUGCAAUACUGCAUUCACCGCUUUAUAGAAAAGACGACGACAGAUCUGACCCUUCUGAUGCUCGCAGCUAGGGAUGAGAACCUGGAACGCUGUCUCUUUCUCUUGAAAAAAGGAGAAAGUGCUGAAGCGAGGACAAAAUUCGGCGUGACGCUUCUUCACUUCGCGGCCUUGAACAAGGAAAACGGAGUCGAAAUCGUCUGGCACUUCACAAACCAAGAGAAACUAGACGUGAAGCAAAAGGACGAGGACGGCGAGGAAGCCAUUUUCUACGCAGUCAGGAAGGGAAACUUCAGGGUUGCUCAGAUCCUGCUCGAACUGCGAGAAGAGGGAAACAAAAAUCUCUUGCAUUUUUUUAUUACUCAAAACAGAUCAGACGUCGCUCAGAUAAUUCACGCGUGGAACCCGGAUUUAAUUAAGGAGGUCGAUUCAGAUAGGAGAAAUGCCCUCCACCUGGCAGCCCAGUACGCCGACCUGAGUGUCUGCAGGUGGAUCAUCGCCGAGGGCAUCGACGUGGCGUCAAAGAGCUGUUUCGGGACGGUUUUGCACCGCGCACCGUUAAAUAAAAACCAUGGAAUGGAAUUAGUUCGGUUUUUCGUCUCAAAGAACCUAAAGUUAAAUGAAAAAUCAGAGUUCGGAUCUGUGCCUUUGGAUGCAGCUCUUGCAGCGGAAAAUAUUGACAUUGCUCGCGAGUUGCUCAGACUCGGCGCCACUUUGAACAUAAAGGACCACAAUUUUUUGCUGCAUUGCGUAUUGCUCAACAAGAUUAAAAGCGCAAAGUUCAUUCACGAAUUAGAUAAAAACCUGAUCAGAGGCAAAGACGCGAACGAGCGAGAUGCACUUCACAUAGCGGCGGAGGUUGCUGAUCUAGAAAUGUGCCGGUGGCUCGUGGAAAAAGGCGUCCCAGUGGAUUCUUUGAAUGGAAAAAGUCAAACCUCAGUUUUGCAUCGCGUCGGCUACAAUUCGAAGCACGGAACUCAGCUAGUUAAAUAUUUUAUCGAUUUGGGGCUUGACAUCGACAAGAAGGACCACUUGGAAUUCACGCCUUUAAAUUACGCUUUGGGAGACAAAAAUUUUGACGUGGCAGAGGAAAUGCUGAAACUUGGAGCCAAUUUCUACGCGAAGAACGAUGGCAUGAACACUUUCCACACCUGCAUACUGGAGAACAAUUUAGAAGGAGUCCAAUUCGUGCUCUCGAAGGUGCCAGAAAUAAUAAAUUCUUUGGGGAGUGAAGGGACGAAUGCCCUUCAUAUCGCAGCGGCUUUCGCAGAUUUAGAAAUGUGCCAGUGGUUGUGCGGAAAGAACGUCGACGUGCUGUCCCUGAGUGAGGACUGGGGAAACACUGUUCUCCACUUUGCCUCAAUGAACAAAAAAUUUGGAAAAUCACUCGUCCCUUUUUUCGUUUCCAAGGGGGUGGAUGUGAAUGAGAAAAACUUUUUCUCUCUCUCACCCUUGUUCGUUGCUCUUAAAAUGGAAAACAUUGCCGUGGCUGAGGAAUUGCUGAAGGCUGGCGCAGACCUGAAUACGAAACAGGAGAACGGCGACAAUUUCCUGCACUCCUGCGCUCGUAAUAAUAAACUUUUGAGUGCCAAAUUCGUGGUUGGAUUAAAUGAGGGGCUGGUCAGGGAGCCGGCCUUCGGAGGAAUCACUGCCCUUCACAUGGCGGCACAAACGGCGGAUUUGGAGUUUUGCAAAUUUUUGGUCGAAAAAGGAGCCGAUGUUCAUGCCAAAGACUUUCUUAACCGUUCGGUUUUGGUUUAUGUUCCGGAAAAGAACAAAGAAAAGAGGAAAUACUUUCUGUCCUUGGGAAUUAGAAAUUAA